AGGUGUCGUCGAGCCGUUAGAUGAGUUUUUUUUAGUCUUGUAUUUCAGGCAUGACUAUGAGGAUGCAGCAGGAAGGCGCAGGCCAAUGAAACUCAGCGCGCCUCCGAAAGGGGAUCUGUGAAGGACGAAGGCGCGCGGCCUCUGUGCAUCACAAGCGUCCCGUCCCGUCCCGGCUCCUCAGGACACGGCACUCCGCUCCCCGGGGCUGACAAACUCCUCAAGCGAACUCACUGAAUAGAGCAUGCUUUCAACAUCCCAGACAGUGAUCGUCACAAAAAAUCCAUAAAGACCGCUGGCAAUCUAUAGAAGAAUGAAUUGGAGAAGACUGACCGCAAGCUUUUUAAUUUUACUCGGUUUUCAACACUGCUCAUCACGAGACUGUGUUGAUCCCUUGGUGUCCCCUCUCUAUUCGUCCUCCUUCUUGGCCUCCUCCAGAUAUAACUUCCUGUACUCAGCAAACUUCGCCAGAUUGUACGGGAGCAGCGGCUGGUCCCCUGCCCCCAGCGACCGCCAUCCCUGGCUGCAGAUCGACUUCCGCAGGAAGUAUCGCUUCGUGGCCAUCUCCACCCAGGGCACCUUCAACUCCUACGACUGGGUUACCAAGUACACCGUCCUGUAUGGGGACCGUCCUGACGCCUGGACGCCGUACAUCCAGAGAGGGGGGAAUUCGACGCUGUCGGGGAACUGGAACUACUACCAGGUGAAAAGGCAUGUGUUCCAUCAUGCCUUCACCGCCAAGCACCUGCGCUUUAUCCCCCUGGGCUGGAACACCGAAAACGGGGGCAAGAUCGGAGUCCGCCUGGAGGUGUAUGGGUGUGCCUACGAUUCCUACGUCAUGAUGUACGACAGUGACGACAUGGCAGCCUACAUGUUUCCGGGGAAGAGGCACCGCACGAUAAGGGACCACAUCGCCAUCAACUUUAAGACCCUGGAGCGGGACGGGCUGCUGCUGCACAGCGAGGGCAUACAGGGCGACGUCUUAACACUGGAGCUGAGAAAUGCGCGUCUCUACCUGCACAUCAGCCUUGGCAGCAGCACGGUCCAUGAGGUGGAGGGUUUAACCACACUGACCGCAGGCAACCUCCUGGAUGACCAGCACUGGCACUACGUGACCAUUAAGCGAUACGGCCGGCAGGUCAGCCUGACGGUGGACAGCCAAACAGAGAGAGCUAUAUGCAACGGAGACUUCAGCUACUUGGACCUAGACGAUCAGCUCUAUGUGGGGGGAGUGAUCGAGCCAAACAUGCCUCACCUUCCUGACAAGGACAACUUCCGCGGCUGCCUGGAGAACGUAUUCUUCAACGGGAUCAACAUCAUCGACAUGGUGCAGAGGGAGGACCCACAGAUCCGCCUCCCACACCAGAAGAAAACUAUGGAGUUCGCCUGUGCGGACCUCCUGUUGAAACCACUCACCUUCAUCGGGCCCAACAACUACCUCCAGUUGCCGGGGCUUUCCAGAAAGCCCCGCAUGUCCGUCAAGUUCAAAUUCCGCUCGUGGGACUACACUGGCCUGCUGAUGUUCACCCGGUUUGCGGAUAACCUGGGCUCCCUGGAGCUGGGCCUGAGCGAAGGUCAGGUGAACAUCUCCCUCAUACAGUCUGAGAAGAGGCUGCAGUUCGCUGCAGGUUACCAGCUGAAUGAUGGAUUUUGGCACAUGGUGGAUUUGGUGGCACGGGACAACUUUGUGACGGUGACCAUCGACGAGGACGAAGGCUCUCCCCUCAAGAUAACCAACGUCUUUACAGUACGAACAGGGGACCAGUACUUUUUCGGAGGCUGCCCAAAGACCAACGACGAGAUCAAGUGUGAGACCAAGCUGAAUGCAUUCCACGGCUGCAUGCAGCAGAUCUUCAUCGACACUGAGCCGGUGGACAUUGACGCCAUACUGCAGGACCGCCUAGGGAACUACAUGGAGGUGCUACUGGGUACCUGUGGCAUCACGGACAGGUGCACGCCGGACCCUUGCCAGCAUGAGGGCCGGUGCAUCCAGUCGUGGGACGACUUCAUAUGCAUGUGUGAGAACACGGGAUACAGAGGAGAAGUGUGCCACAGAUCGGUCUACAAAGAGUCUUGUGAGGCAUACCGACUCAAUGGAAAGUAUUAUUCAGGCAAUUACACCAUCGACCCUGACCUUAGCGGACCACUGAAACCUUUUUCUGUUCUGUGCAAUAUGAAAGCCGACAAAGCCUGGACAGUGGUGAGGCACAAUCGGAUAGACAAUACCAAAGUGACAGGCAGCACAGUGCAACAGCCUUACUUGGGUGAUGUCCAGUACUACAAUGCUUCAUGGGAUGAAGUCACUGCCCUGGCCAACACCUCGGAAUACUGCGAGCAGUGGAUCGAAUACGCCUGCUACAAGUCACGCCUUCUCAACACGCCCAACGGAAGACCGUAUAGUUACUGGGUUGGCCGCCACGGCGAGAGUCAGGAUUACUGGGGCGGUUCAUUCCCAGGUGUCCAGAGAUGUGCCUGUGCCGUCAAUAGGACCUGUAAGGACAGCAAGUUCUUCUGUAACUGUGAUGCAGAUUACCGCCAAUGGUACGCGGACAAGGGAUGGCUGAACUACAGGGACCACUUGCCAGUUAGAAGAAUUGUCAUCGGGGACACCAACCGGACUGGAUCAGAAGUUCAUUUUAGCCUUGGGACUCUACGCUGUCAUGGAGACCGAAAUACCUGGAACACGGUCGCAUUCACGAAGCCCACCUACAUCAAGUUCCCCACCUUCAGACCAGGCACAACUGCUGACAUCAGCUUUUACUUUAAGACAACCGCUGACCACGGCGUCUUUCUAGAGAACUCGGAUGACCACCAUCGCUGCUUCAUCCGAGUGGAGCUCAACUCCACCAACAACCUGCUGUUUGUCUUCAUGGUGGGGGACGGCAUCAUCAACGUCACUUUGCGCUCCCCCAUGGCCCUUAAUGACGAUGAGUGGCAUUACGUUGAGGCCGAGAUCAACGUGAAGCUAGCCCGCCUUAAGGUGGACGACCAACCCUGGGCUAUACGUCGAUUCCCAGGGCAGACCUACGUCACCAUGAAGUUCACCCAGCCGCUCCUUAUUGGUGCUGCAAAGGACAAACUGAGGGCCUUCCUGGGCUGCAUCCGAGGCCUGCGCAUGAACGGUGUGGCCCUUGACCUGGAAGGCAAAGUGAAUGAGGAGGAAGGCAUCAGGAAGAACUGCACCGGAGGGUGUCUCGACCCAGUGAUACUGUGCCGUAAUGGUGGCCGCUGCAUGGAGAGUUAUGCGUCCUACUACUGUGACUGCAACAACACAGCCUUUGAGGGCUACUACUGCCACGAAGAUAUCGGAGGCUACUUUGAGGCUGGUGCUUGGCUACGAUACAACAUCCGAAAUGAGGCGAUCUCCGAUGAGGAUCUCUGGGCCAACUGGCUCGAUCCCCACAACUUCAGCCUGGGAUACAACCAGACCAGCGACGAGAUCGAGUUCAGCUUCAGUACAACCCAGGCACCUGCUGUUCUGAUCUACAUCAGCUCUUUCACGAAGGACUACAUCGCUGUCAUCCUUAGGAAUGAUGGCAGCCUACACCUGCGGUAUCGACUGGGCUUGAUCGCCUACAAGUUCCAGCUGUCCUACCUCAACCUGGCCGAUGGGUUUCCGCACUUCGUCAACAUCACCAGACACAACCGAACCAUACGGAUGCAGGUCGAUUAUUCAGAUUCAAUUUGGGAGAAGAUCCUCCCUUUGCAGGAUUUUCGGUUCGAUUCUCCCAAGGCCGUGUUCUUAGGACGGGUGAUGGAGAUGGGGGACAUCGAUUAUGAGGUCCAGAGGCACAACAGUCCUGGGUUUGAGGGCUGUUUGUCGGGGGUACGAUACGACAUCUACGCCCCUCUAAAGACCUACUUCCGGCCUAAUGAGACAGACCCUCCAGUGACCGUCCAGGGUUUCGUAGUAGAGUCAAAUUGCGGGGUCUUCCCCUCUGUUAUGGGUGACAUACCCCUGGAAGCGGAUCCAUGGUUUACAGGUUUUGACCUCAUCUACAUUCACGAUGAUAUGCCUAGUCCACCAGUUAUGGCAUUCAUCAUCCUCCUCAUGCUGGUGCUGGUGUUUGGAGGACUGUCCGCUCUCUACUUGUACCUGUACCGCUACAAAGGGAGUUACCACACCAACGAGCCCAAGAGCGUGGGGUCGCCGGGCAGCUCCCGGGCCCUCACAGAGUCCAGCCGCAGGCAGAGGAGUUUGACGGAGAUACAGGAGGAGCCGAGGAGCGAAUAACGUCCUGGGGUGGAGUGAGUGUGGGACAACAGCUGCUAAGCCUCUUCGAAUUUUCUAGUCCAUCGUUGCCCAUCGAAAAGUUAUUUUUUUCAUCUAUGUGAUGUCGUUCAUUUCUUCUCCCCCAUGUUGUAUGUGAGGAACAAAAACAGACCUGCAGUGUACGAUGCACAUACCUAACACUCUAUAUCUAAUAUAACAUGUAUUUGAUUCACUCAUAACCCCACUUUAAUCACAUACCAGUUUAGCCCAGAUUUUAAGGGUUGACUCUCUGAAGUGCCUGAAACGUUUCACGCUUUUCCGUUAACGGUUCGGUUCUUCGCAUUCGUUGCUAACUGGACUGUCAUAACAAGUCCGAUUAUUACUAAGCAUAUAUCUAUAAUAUAGCCAGUACUAUAGACAAAUGGUUACAAUUACGCUGUGCUACAAAGCUGUUCAUAUUUGAACUUCGGGCUACAGCCUUGAGUGCUCAGACGCACCCCGAACACCUAUAGGGUAUCUCCUCUUUGUGAUAACAAUGAACCGAUUGCUUAUGUUUGCGGUUUCUAUCAAUUCCGUAGUGCUCAGUUCAAAUGGUGCUCUUGUACAUUUAGAAUGAACGACAGCUUUCUAGCCAUUAGCAUUGCAUAAUGGGAAAUUUUGCAAUAGAUAGACGUAUCUCUAGGAAGUCCUUGAAUAAAGUCUAGUAUGAGUAAAGAAUAUGUCUUUAGGCUAAUGCACUUGUUAUAGGCUUGUAUACUUGCAUCAGUGCUGUUGGUCUUAAGUGUGGUUGACGUGGGUCUUUUGUCGUCCGUGAAAAGGUUGGUUAUCCCCUUAUUUCAGUUGUCAUUAGUCAACAGGCAGCACGAUCAUUGCUUUCUGCUGAAGUACGUAGUCGACGAGCUUUAAAUGCAAACUAUACGAAAAUCAGUGUCACAGGGUACAACACCUCACCGCUGGGAGAGGUCUGAUCAGAUCCUUGUGAAAAGCAAACCACAGUAGGUUCACACUGUAUUCCCGGUCUGAUCUUGAAAGACUGUGAUCAGAGCAAUAGGAUCUGUGAUCAGAGCAAUAGGAUGUGUGACAUGCAGAAAGUACAAUUUUUUUGCCACCUUUGCAGUGUUGAGGGGUUGAUUUGUUCUUAUAAGUUAAAAAACUUACUUUACCAUCUACUGGAGAAUUUAAUAAUUUGGUUAGGCAACCUGGAUGCGUCAUGGAUGUUUCAUUCUGUUCCAAAAUGGGUGGCAUAUGGCCAAUUACCUGCUACCCUUGUGCCCCAGGGUUGGUUCUAUCACUAUUAUAUAGAGUCAGUCCGGUCCUCAGGGACCCACAGAUGGUCCAUGUUUUUGCUCCCUCUCAGCUCCUGGUAGGAUGCAAAAAUGUGUACUGUCUGGCAGGGAGCUCGGAGGGAGAAAAAGCAUGGCCCGACUGUGGGUCCCUAAGGGUCAGAUUGGUAAACACUGACGUAGAGAAGAUCCACUCAUAGAUAUUUGCAGCUCAGUGUUUAUUAAAAGAAAUGCAAAUAUUCUCCAGGGACUCCGUAAAUCAAACUCAAUGAUAUAUCUUCAGUUCAUUAGCGCACAUGGAGUUUUGUCAUACUUUUCAUACAAUUGCUGUGUUACUCCUACUUUAAACCAAACGAUUUUGGGCUUAUUUUUAUUUUAAUUAGUUUUAUUACCGUAAAAUCAUGCAACAGCUGAUCGACAUGCAGCCGGUAUCUGCUCAUGUUGCACAAAGGGCACAAUGGCGGAGUCACCAGCAAUAUUACAGCGGAGCAUUUGAGGUACCGGCGAGAGUUUAUUGGAACAUACGUAGGAAUUAGCAGUAGGAAAUGCAUAUUGGAGAAUGUGGCGGUGAAGCUCAUUUGAAUUUUACUUACACAAAAAUGUUCUGAGGGCAGAAGGAAAAAGACUGGUUAACUCUCUGAACCAAUCAGAUUGUAGAGGAGGUUGGUCCAAGCAACUAGAGGAGGCAGGACCUUCGAUUGGUUGUUGGCACUUCCUUUAGUUGCUAUUACCCACCUCCUCUACAGUCUGAUUGGUUAUCUCUCUAAACCAAUCAUUCUUCCUUCUGCCCUGAGAGCAUGUUUCUUUAAGUAAAAUUCCCAUGAACAGCAGUGAGCAAUGCAUAGGAGUCAAGCCCUGUUAGUUCACAGCAACCCAGUGGCAUCUGGAUUGGACAGACAUUGAUUAUGAUCUUUAAGGAUUCCUUGUUCUGCGUUGCGUGAUUUUGAAAAAGACCCAGCAUACAGAUGUAGAUACAUUCAGUGGUUCUUUCUUUGCUGUAGCAAAGGGAUACAACUGCUGCCGUCUGACAGCAGAGAGAGUGGUGAGGCUUAGACCAGGUCCACACGCCGUUCCCUUGGAAACCAGAAGCAUUGGUUUUCCGCUAAGUACAUCUGCAGAGUUAUUUUUCACAGCAAGCCCCGAGAAUGUUUGAAGUGUUAUGCAAGAUGAGCCAAAAAUAUGAAAAAUAACACUGGUAAUUUAGCAGUAUUUUAAGAUCUAAUUGAUUGCGAGCCCAGCUGGCAGUCAGAGAACCGUAUCUUGGGGUCGCCAAGAUCUAUAAUUGGAUGGCACUUACAUGCUAAUAAGGUAUUUGUAAGGGUUGUCGGAAAAAAUAACCGAGAACAAUUGAGAACUGAAAGAAGUAAAUCAUGUGAGUUUGCUGUAAGAUAUUGGCAUUCAGGCGGGAGUCAUGUGUGACAGCGAUGAGAACACUGCACAACAGCAUAUUAUCACACCUGCUCUCAUAAACGACAUGAAUCAUCGAUGUGAUAGUUAUGGUUGUUUCCUGACUAUUUAAUAAUUACAAAAAACAUUCCACGUUGUUAGAAAUGGUUGUGCAUUUUACCCAUUUUAUGCAUCCGAUUUUUGAAAAUGACUGUUAAUCCUACACAGAAAUGCGGCAUUAGAUUGUUCAUUGACUGCGGGAAUACUGUGUAAGCGGAAAACCGCUAUGCACUUUCACACAGCUGUGACACGCACUCUCAUUUAUAUAAAAGAAUUAUUGGGAUUUAGUGUCACGGAUGAUCGGCAGCGAUAGCGGGCAGAGCGGCGAUCGUGCGGGCAGGCAGGUAAAAAGCAGACAGACAGCCGGGAAUCAGGGCAAACGAGGGGUUUAAUUACGGAGACGAGGGCACGAACAUCGACUGACAUCAGGUAACAUCAAUGACGGACCCUGGACUCGGGUAAGACACGGACUGAAAUACACAGGACUGAGCAAAUGAACUAGUUACAGCUGGGUACAAUCGGGAGAAAACACGUGGGUAAUCAGGGGGCGUGGCACACAGGAGGAGCGGACGAGCCGGGCAUGACAUUUAGUCACACUUAUUUGUUUUUCUAUCAUUCAAGGUCAUUAUUUGCAGUAAUUUCUUUUGAAUUCCAUCGUAGCUGAUGUGUGUUAUUUUUCUCUGUAAAUUCAAAUGAAUCAUUUUCAUAAUUAUUUGUGAUGGUCAUUAUGGGUUGCAGGUCCUGCUGUGAUAAAGGAUGUGGCCUUGUAGCUACGUUCGCUGGCUCUCACCUUAAGAUAGAAUAAUAUUUAACUGUAUGAAUAUUUAGAAACGGUUUUGGAUAAACAUCUAAUAGCAGCUCUUAUUGGGGAACCUCAGUUUCAAACAUUACUUUUAGUGUUCAGGUAGCUAUGAAUAAGUCAAAAUUAUGCAAAAAUUGCUUUCAAAUUCUGUUCAAUAAUCAAGCCUACAACAUUGAUAAUAUUUGUUUAUUUUGUUACAGUUGAAAGGGAAUUAAGGGCAAUUAAUGGAUUACUACUUAUUAUUCACUUCUCAUUAUUUAGGAUCGAUCCCAUUCUUGUCUCUUUUGAUAUUUAUUUAUUAUAUGUUGAUGUGAAAAAUGUUGAGACAUUGUCUGCAUUGAACAAUGAGCGAUGGUGUUAUGGUGCUUGACUCCUACAGCAUUCAGAUUUUAAGCAUAACCAUGUCAUCAGCACGAACUCCAGGUCCCUUAUACACCGUCAGUGUUUAAAGGCUAUUUGCUUACUCCCACCAUCAUCAAAAACGAAUCACUGUUGGAAUCAAAAUGAAAGUUAUUUUUGUAUUACGCAAAAGGAUAUAUAUUUUGAAGAUAACUUUAAGGGAUAUAUUUUUGAGGAUGUGCAGGGAAAAAACCGAAAUCCAGGUUGUUGUCGAUUUUAUUCUCAUUCUUAACAAGGUCUCAUUUACAUUACCUAGGUAAAGUGACUGUUACUGGCAGAAUUUCGAAACAUUAACUGGUUUGGAGCGCUUAGCGAGAUGUAAGGCUAAAGGCUAAAUUAAAAACACAAGCCAUAUUACGCUGAAAUUAUUGCGACUAGCAGAAAAGGGGAGCAGGGAUACUAGCCACACACAUGUACUGAAAUUCUAUCCAUGUACUCUGUCGCUCGCAGAUAAUGGUCAAUUAACACAAUGCUGACGCGUACAAGAAGCCUGGCUACGGCACAAUCGCAUCACUCCCGUGUGGCCACCAAAUCCGUUGGUGUCUGUACACCGCCUUUACCGAAAAGUACCGAUAUUUGGACUUAAGAAGUGCAUUUGCACGGAUAGCGAAAAAAAAACCUGCCUUCCUCUUUCCCCCAAGAGCAAGAGGUGGGGAGGGUUGGAUUUGCUCCAGAUCACUAGUAAAUGUCAAAGGGAUUGUUUGUUUCUGUGUACGCAGAUAAAAGCCCAGUGCAUCUCAAAGGAGGUGCGGAGUGAUGCGGUGGGUUUAAUAAAGUGGUGUUAUAAAUGUAAAAA